AUGGCGAUACCGCAUCAACUGGUCACUUAUUCAGCCAUCAAAAUCUUGAUCAUUCGACUUCUAAAUUUGCAGAUUUUGACGAUAAUUGUCUUGGUUUUACUCGAUCCCACCUACACAACAGCGUACAUAUCAAUCAACUAUGAAAUUGUACUCAUCUACAUAUUCUCAUCGUUAACAUUCCUCUAUUGCAUCGUUUCAAUAAUUAUGUAUGCAAUUAUGCAACGGAAGACUGAUGACAACGGACCAGCUUCAAUGACAAAUUGUGCAUUGACGGAGGUGAUUUUGGCUGGUGGAGGAAUGAUCGCUUGGAUGGUUAUCUGCGGUAUCUGUGGUACUGUUUCACAAAGAACUAUCAUUGACACUGGAGAGAAGUUUGGUUGGAUGUCGGCAUGUGCAGGAAUAAACGUUGCUUUGUUUUUGGCAAUCUUAGCAUUAUCCUGUCUUAAUGUUCUGAACGACAAGAUUUUAAGUCCAGACCGUUCCUACAAAUACGGCUCACAGUACCGAUACGGAUCAAGAAUAUAA